AUGGCGCCUCCUCCGCGACCCCUCGCCCGGCCGCGGCCGCCGGGGAUGCUGCUGCUCCGCGCGCUCCUGCUCCGGCUGCUCCUCGACUCGGCUCCAGGAGUAUGGUGCUUUAGCGAACUGUUUUUUAUAAAAGAACCACAGGAUGUAACUGUCACAAGAAAGGACCCAAUCCUGUUAGAUUGCCAGGCUCAUGGAGAAGUUCCUAUUAAGGUCACAUGGUUGAAAAAUGGAGCAAAGGUGUCUGAAAAUAAACGGAUCCAGGUUCUAUCUAAUGGCUCUUUAUACAUCAGUGAGGUGGAAGGCAAGCGAGCAGAGCAGUCUGAUGAAGGAUUUUAUCAGUGCUUGGCGAUGAACAAAUAUGGAGCCAUUCUUAGUCAAAAAGCUCAUCUUACCUUAUCAACUAUUUCUGCAUUUGAAGUUCAGCCAAUUUCUACUGAGGUCCAAGAAGGUGGAAUUGCUAGAUUUGCAUGCAAGAUUUCAUCAAACCCUCCUGCAAUCAUAACAUGGGAAUUAAAUCGGACAACUCUACCUGUAACUAUGGACAGGAUAACUGCCUUACCAACAGGAGUAUUGCAGAUCUAUGAUGUUGGCCAGAGGGAUGCUGGAAAUUAUCGUUGUGUUGCGGCUACUGUAGUCCACAGACGUAAAAGUAUGGAGGCCUCUCUAACAGUGAUUCCAGCUAAGGAGUCUAAAUCCUUCUACACACCAACCAUUAUAGCAGGUCCACAGAACAUCACAACAUCUCUUCAUCAGACUGUUGUUUUAGAAUGCAUGGCCACGGGAAGUCCCAAACCAAUCAUUUCUUGGAGCCGUCUUGACCACAAGUCCAUUGAUGUCUUUAAUACUCGGGUCCUUGGAAAUGGUAAUCUCAUGAUAUCUGAUGUCAAGUUGCAACACGCGGGAGUAUAUGUUUGUCGGGCCACUACCCCUGGCACACGCAACUUUACAGUUGCCAUGGCAACUUUAACUGUAUUAGCUCCUCCUUUAUUUGUCGAAUGGCCAGAAAGUUUAACGAGGCCUCGAGCUGGCACUGCUCGAUUUGUAUGUCAGGCAGAAGGAAUUCCCUCACCCAAAAUGUCAUGGUUGAAAAAUGGAAGGAAGAUACAUUCCAAUGGUAGAAUUAAAAUGUACAACAGUAAAUUGGUAAUUAAUCAAAUUAUUCCUGAAGAUGAUGCUAUUUAUCAGUGCAUGGCUGAGAACAGCCAAGGAUCUGUUUUAUCUAGAGCCAGACUGACCGUAGUGAUGUCAGAGGACAGACCCAGUGCUCCCUAUAAUGUGCAUGCUGAAACCAUGUCAAGUUCAGCCAUCCUUCUAGCUUGGGAGAGGCCACUUUAUAAUUCGGACAAAGUCAUUGCUUAUUCCGUGCACUACAUGAAAGCAGAAGGUUUAAAUAAUGAAGAGUACCAAGUAGUCAUCGGAAAUGACACGACUCAUUAUAUUAUUGAUGACUUAGAACCUGCCAGCAAUUACACUUUUUACAUCGUGGCAUAUAUGCCAAUGGGAGCCAGCCAGAUGUCUGACCACGUGACACAGAACACUUUAGAGGAUGUUCCCUUGAGACCUCCUGAAAUUAGUUUGACCAGCCGGAGUCCCACCGACAUUCUCAUCUCCUGGCUGCCAAUCCCAGCCAAGUAUCGGAGGGGCCGAGUGGUGCUCUACCGCCUGUCCUUCCGCCUGAGCACUGAGAAUGCCGUUCAAGUCCUGGAGCUCCCGGGGACCACGCAUGAGCACCUUCUGAAGGGCCUGAAGCCGGAUAGUGUCUACCUGGUUCGGAUUACUGCUGCCACCAGAGUGGGGCUGGGAGAGGCAUCAGUGUGGACUUCACAUAGGACACCCAAAGCUACAAGCGUGCAAGCCCCUAAGUCUCCAGAGUUACAUUUGGAGCCUCUGAACUGUACCACCAUUUCUGUGAAGUGGCAGCAGGACGCUGAGGACACAGCAGCCAUUCAGGGCUACAAGCUGUACUACAAAGAAGAAGGGCAGCAGGAGAAUGGACCCAUUUUCCUAGAUACCAGCGACCUUCUCUAUACACUCAGUGGUUUAGACCCCAGAAGAAAAUAUCACGUGAGGCUACUGGCUUACAACAACAUAGAAGAUGGCUAUCAGGCAGAUCAGACAGUCAGCACUCCGGGAUGUGUGUCUGUUCGUGAUCGCAUGGUCCCUCCUCCACCACCCCCCCACCAUCUGUAUGCGAAGGCUAACACCUCAUCUUCCAUCUUCCUGCACUGGAGGAGGCCUGCGUUCACCACUGCACAAAUAAUUAACUACACCAUCCGCUGUAACCCUGUCGGCCUGCAGAAUGCUUCUUUGGUUCUAUACCUUCAAACAUCAGAAACUCACAUGUUGGUUCAAGGUCUAGAACCAAACACCAAAUAUGAAUUUGCUGUUCGACUGCAUGUGGAUCAGCUUUCCAGUCCCUGGAGCCCUGUUGUCUACCAUUCUACACUUCCAGAAGCACCAACAGGCCCACCAGUUGGAGUAAAAGUGACAUUGAUAGAGGAUGACACUGCUCUGGUUUCUUGGAAACCUCCUGAUGGCCCAGAGACCGUUGUGACGCGCUAUACUAUCUUGUAUGCAUCGAGGAAGGCCUGGAUUGCAGGAGAGUGGCAGGUCCUACACCGAGAAGGGGCAAUAACCAUGGCUUUGUUAGAAAACCUGGUGGCAGGAAAUGUGUACAUUGUCAAGAUAUCAGCAUCUAACGAAGUGGGGGAAGGACCCUUUUCAAAUUCUGUGGAGCUGGCAGUACUUCCAAAGGAAACUUCUGAAUCAAAUCAAAGACCCAAGCGUUUAGAUUCUGCCGAUGCCAAAGUUUAUUCAGGCUAUUACCAUCUGGACCAAAAAUCAAUGACCGGCAUUGCUGUAGGCGUUGGCAUAGCCUUGACCUGUAUCCUCAUCUGUGUUCUUAUCUUGAUAUACCGGAGUAAAGCCAGAAAAUCAUCUGCUUCCAAGACGGCACAGAAUGAAACUCAACCGUUAUCUCGUACCAGUGCCUCCCUAGCCAGUGGAAAUGAAGUAGGAAAGAACCUGGAAGGGGCUGUAGAAAACGAAGACACCUUAAUGCCAAUGAUGAUGCCCAACAGCUUUAUUGAUGCAAAGGGAGGAACUGACCUGAUAAUUAAUAGCUACGGUCCUAUAAUUAAAAACAACUCUAAGAAAAAAUGGUGUUUUUUCCAAGAUUCUAAGAAGAUAAAAGUUGAGCAGCCUCAAAGAAGAUUUACUCAGUCGGUCUGCUUUUACCAGCCCGGCACGACUGUGUUAAUUAGUGAUGAAGACUCCCCCAGUUCUCCUGGUCAGACAACCAGCUUCCCAAGACCCUUUGGUGUUGCAGCUGAUACUGAGCAUUCGGCAAAUAGUGAAGGCAGCCACGAGACGGGGGAUUCUGGAAGGUUCUCCCAUGAGUCCAAUGAUGAGAUACACCUGUCCUCAGUUAUAAGUACCACACCCAUGACCUCUGAUUCCUUUACUGGUAGCGAUUCAGGUGGGGAUCCCUCGAUGGGCAAGUGUGAAGAUCCUGCAGUGCCAUCAGAGGCUGAGCAAACUUCCUCUUCAGUUCUGCGGCCGCCAUCUGCCAUAGUACGCUUUGAUAAAAAUGAUUUCCCAAUGUAGACAGCCACAUUCAGGUAUUCUCAUGUUUAAUUCUGUUCGAAGGACAAUGAACAGGGAGCCAAAGCCUUUUGUGAACAUCUUAAUGUCUUAUUGGGUAUUUCAGCUUUUUUUGAAUGUGUUUUCUUUUUUAUUUUUAAACUCACGUAUAUUGAAUGUUUCAUUGUCAGCAAUGUGAAAAGACAGUCAAGAUGUUUGACUGGAUUAUAAAAAUAUAUCACUGGAGCAAAGGGAGGACUGCUGAAAGCCCCUUUGCUAACUAUCUACCUCAGUUUGCCACUUGGCAAACUCAGAAGACAACUUUGUUACCUCGUUUGUUGUGAUAGUUUAUCUCAGCUACAUAACCAAUGAUACUUCCUAGUAGCAUUUUGUUUUCAUUGCUGUAUGUGUAAUGUGUGUGAUCAAAGGAGUCAUAUAGGUAGGUGAGUAAGAAUGUUUAUCUGAAGCUCUGAUUUAAAAAAAAAGAAAUCAGUGACAUCUGCAUGGUUUGUAUAAUUUAAUACCUCUGGCUGUGAGGACGGUUAAACCAUAGAGAAAAAGUGGGACUGCUGAUUUUAGUGAAUGACCAAGACAAAAAAAAGUGUAUCUCUUGAGAAUAGAACUGUUUGGUAGCAUAUAGAAAGUACUAUUGCUUCAAGGGCCUUUAUGUUUUGGGCAUCCGAGUCUGAGUGCUUUAUCUGCUGUAUCCCAAACCUCAGCCUGCCUCGAGCUGUGCCUUUUCUACCUUCCCACUUGCCUGACAGUUGGCCAAAGGCUGCACUGUCUAGUGUGCAAAGCAUCUUCAACAUUUUCGGAAUUAGUUGCAAAACUCCAUGCAGAAGACAGAUCUUUAAGGAGAACAGGAUAGGGUUGUUUUGUUUUGUUUUGUUUUUCAAUCCCAGCUUGGCUUAAAGGGGUAAAGAAAUUUCAUAAAAUAUUAAGAAUGAAGAUAAAUGCAACCAUAGACAGUAAAAUGAACGUGAGAUUAUCAUGGUAACAGUGCCUUCCAUUAUAUAUUAUGAAAUUCUUUGCCUUAUAUCUUUUUAAUAUUCAUGAAGUUCAGGAGAAGAAUACAGAAAGUUGCCUUAAGAGUGUCUUGGAUUUUAUCAGUGACUAUUUUGAUGUACAGUAUCUUAUCAAAGGGUUUUGGUUUGUUAUCCUGCAGGUUUUGUUUAGGGAUAAGUAUUCAGAGCUCUACCACCUUGCUUGUAUUUUCUUGAAUUCUUAAGAGAAUUUGGUCCUCUAUUUAACCUUCCUUCAGGGUCAAUGCUGUGAAAGAGGAAUGCUAACUCCAGGAGUGAGUUAAUCCUCUUGCUGGUUUGAAAUCAGCAAACUGUUUACUCAGCCACGUAGAAUAGGCCUUCUCAGUCAUGAGACAGUUACCUACUAGGUGCCCAGCAGCGGGAGAGGAUAAAGAAUUAAAAGUGUAGAGAGGGGACCUCAUCUCCUUUUAAAAGUAUUUUUUCAAAUUAUCUGGAAAUGACUUUUGGAAUUAUCUGGAAAUUCACUUUAAAAGGAAUCUAAAUGGGCUUCCUCUCGAAACCUUUGGUUUCUAGAGAGGGGGAUUGUGUUAAAUGGUGUUCUAAAACCAAAAGAACAUUACUGAUAAUAGUCCCACUUGUAGCAUCUCCUAUCCCAAUAUCUGAUGAUACAACAUUUUUUAUUGUUUUUUUAAUCUGUACUUUUGUGCCAAACUGGAUGUGUUCAGAAGCAGACCAACAUUAAGGGCCAGCAGCCACUUCUGAACUGAAUUCAAAGUCCCCAUUUAGUUACGGACGUAUGUGCUUCACAAUGAAAUGGAAAGAAAAAGCAGAGCUUUAGGUGAACAAUCUGAGGCAAGAAAAAAGGAAAAUGCUGCUCCUGCCUGUAUCGCUCCUGUUUUAUACUACCUCCUUUUAAAGUUAUUCUAGUGUUAUUUUUUUUUUUUUCCUGUACUCAGGGAACAUUUUGUUACUUUUGAGCUGCCUCAUGGAAGCAUGGGCAAAUUGACAGGGUAUGGCAUUUCUUUGUUUUUUGUUUUUUUGGGGGGUUCGUAAGUAGAAGUAUGUGGGGCCUACUUUUAUCAGAAUCUAAAAUUGAGUACAACGAGUUCAUUUUAUUUUUUUAAACUUUUAUUAAAAGACAAACAAAACCUAAAGCUGAAACAUCAUCCAUCGUGGUUAUCAAAGAUGUGUCUAGGACUGUGUGCAUGUGAAUAAUUUUAAAAGCCUAGAAAGAUGAUCUGAAGUCUUUGAGGAACGUAUUUUUUUGUUUGGUUUUUGAUAAAUAGGCCCGUAGGUAUUGUAGAUCUUUAGGCUAUAACUAUUUGCUAAUUAUUUACCAGUACAUUUUUUUACUUUUUCAUCUUUUCACUUUGUUCCUAUACAGAUUUUUUUUUUCAUAAUAAUCCUGUUACCAAAGAAUUUUCGGUAGAAAGUGAAAAUUUGACUAUAAUUUCCCCUCAGAUUGAAUUGACUAGAAACAUCUAUAGGUAAUGAAGCUUAUACAAGUAGUUACUAACCCAAAAUAAUAGGGUUUGUAUUGAUUGUUGUAGUUAAAUAGACUAGUAAUUUUAACUACCUUAUGGUUACCAGAGCAUUUAAAAUAAGUUCUUUCCCAACAGAGAGUUCCAAAGAAUUUCAAGUGUAAUUUUUUUUUCUUCAGCAAGGAAAUCUUCAACUAUACAGUAUUAAAGUAUUUUUAAAUUGUUGAAACUACUUGUUGGAGAGAAAAAAAAAAUCUUUUCACCAAAGAUUAAAUAUUUUGGUCUCAUUGAAUAAGAUAUUUAGUGUACUACAAAGACUUGUUUACUUGGCCAAAGCUAAGCUUCUUUGAAGCCUUAAGUAUGAAAUAGUAACUAAAAUGUGAAGGCUCUCUCUUAUCUCGCAUAGUGGUGUUACUUCAUGGUAUUUUCACUCCAAAGGGGCUAAUAUGCAAAUGGUAACUAUUUUCUUUUCCAAAGACUUAUUUGCUGUAAGUACUGAUACACGCAUGUCAUUUUUAUGCCAAAUAUUACAAGAUACUGCUCAUCAAUAUUUUCAUACCAAAGACCAUUAAAAUAUAUAGAUUAGCCUGUAAGUAAGUAAAGAUGAGCAGAUUUGAAAUAAAUUUAUUUAGAGGCUGAUAGGGAAUCUAGCUGUAGUAGCAAAAGAUAUCAAAGGGCUAAGUUUACGUAAUUAAAAGCAAUACAAUUAUAUUGGUAUUUAUCAGUGUUUUUAUUCAAGUACUUUUUAAUCAGCAAAUAAAAAAUUUAAAAAACCAAAGAUAUUUAAGGUUACCUCCGCAUAUAGGCAAAUUUAGUUGUACAUUAAGCUGUCGUUUCUAGUUUUUAUGUCAAACAAACAUGUUUCUCCAGAGCCCAGUCUGUAUACAAAUAGCAUACAUAGGGAUUUUCCAUUAACUCUGCUGAUUCAGCAACAGGGUGUUUUUGCCAAAUGAUGUGAUACUUUUCCUAAGCACCUUGAAUGUGAGAUGUCAACAGAAGUAUCAGCAGGCUUUUCCAUUGCAGAGCAUUAUGGCAAUUCCUGAGCUAGCCCGUGCAGUCCUCCUCGUGCUUAAAACAUUACCUGGCUAACUCCGAAGGCUUGAGGCUGUCCCCUAAUAGUAGGGAUGUUCUCAUCUCUGGAGAGCAGAGGACAGAACAGACACACAAAUCACAUCACUGUCUGAGUGGGCUAUGCUCUGACAGAUGUGCUCUUUCAAGUUGUCCAUAAGGUGAAAUAUUUUCAAUACAUCAAGGGAGCCUGGCAUUUCAAACUUGAGUGGAACCUUGAGUAAAAGAAAAAUCUUUUUUUUUGAAAUCUGAAGUUUUAUGUGUUGAUUAGCCUAAAAGUAAGGAUACAGCUUUAUCCACUAAGUGGCUUUAAAACAUCAGCUUUGGCACAAUAGGGAAAUUAGAUCCUCAGUGAAAUGCCUUUUGUUUGCCUUUGCUUCAAACAAAAGCGGUGCCAACAUUGGGAACAAUGGCAGUGAUUUGCAUUGGUUUGUCUUGGCAUUGUUAAGGACUUCUGCUAGAAUCUUGCUUAUGUUGAUGACUCAGGAUCAUUGUUCUAGUCCAUAUGAAGACACCUUUGGAAACAAUCCCGAGUGUCACACAAAUGGAAUUGAAAGUUGUUUUUGUUUUUAAUGCAAGAAUAUCCAGAUGUAGCUCCAUCUCAGCAGUGGCUGUAGUGAUUUACAUACACGUUUAUAUUUCAUUGAAUGUAAAAUUUGAAUACUGAAUGUAAAAAAAAAAAGUUCCAACUAUACUGAAAGAGCCAUGAUCUCUCUAAGUCUACACAUGUAUUUUGUAGACUUUGUUUCUGAUAGUCUGCCACAUGCGUCUCUGGUCAAAUUGCUUUGGUUUAAUUCAUAAUCAAAAUAAUUUUUGUGGGCUCUGAGCACAGAGUGGAGGGUUCUGGAGAUCACCAUACACAGCCAGUUGUCUGUGAAUUUUAUUGAUGUUUAGAAGAACGUAUAUAUAGAAUUCUGUGUUAAAUUGAUGUAUGCUCAGGAUAUACGAUCGCAGGCUAAUGCAAUGUGUAUAUUUCCAGGCUUUAAUCUUCUCAGGCAGUUUCCCUUUUCAAGCCUUUGUAAUAUUAACAUGACAGUCUUGUAUUUUUACCAGAUACUGUAUUAUUUUCUUAUUAUUGCUGCCACAAAUUACCGCAAACUUAGUGGCCUUAAAACAACACAAAUGUAUUAUCUUCCAGUUCUGUAGGUCUGCAGUCUGACACAGGUCUCACUGGGACAAAAAAAAAAAAAGUAUCCUUUGUCUUUUCUGGCUUUUAGAGGCUAUGGUCCCCUCCCUCCAUUCUCAAAGCUGACAAUGUAGCAUCUCUCAGACCUUGCUUCCAUUAUCAUAUCUCUUUUCUGACCCCAACCAGGAAAGGGUCUUCAAUUUUAUGGACUCGUAUGAUUAGAUUGACCCUACCUGGAUAAUCCAGGAUAAUUUUGCCAUCUCAGAACCCUUUUUUUAAAAUUUAUUUAUUUUUUAUUGUUAGUUCCAGGUGUACAGAACAUUGCAGUAGUUAUCCUUUUCACCCUUCGCACAGAAACAUCAGAAUCCUUAAUUUCAUCACAUCUGCCAAGUCCCUUUUGCCAUGUGUGGUAACAUAUUCAGAGUCCAGGGAUUGGAGCAGGGACUUCUGUAGGUGGCCAUUGUUUUCCCUACCACAGGUACAUUAUUUCUGUAGAAUUCGGAUCCCCGUGAAAUGUCCAUAGCAUUACAGAGAUCAGAAAUCUGAAGAUAUGUCCCCCCUUGGGCUUCCUCAGAAUUUCAAAACUCUGAAGACUUUCACUUAUAGCCUAUUAAAUGUUUACAUUGAACUUUCUCUCUAAAUCACUUGCAAAAACAAUUCAUCUUUAAGCUUUUAGAAUAUGUGCUUUGUAAAGUAACACCUCAGGUCUAUGUGUUUCACAGGAAGUUUCCUAAAUGUUUGGCUCUAACUUUAUGGAAUUUCAUGAGAAAUUUUUGAAAACUGUUCUUGUUAUAGUUGAACUGAAUCCUUUUCUCUUUUUUUGGGACUUUCAUAGGGACUCAGAGUAGAUGAACAGGACCAUGUUCAUGUUCAUUCUUCAUUUUCUUUUAAAAGCAUAUUUGCAACAAGCAUCCUUUCUGCUUUUUAAAUUAGGUUUAUUUUUUCAGCUUAAUUAGCCACUGACUCUUUGGUGUUCAGUUUGAUAACCCCUCAGUUUCCCAUCAAUUUCAGCAAGAGCCUCUACUUACUUACCUUAUCAGCAUGAACAACAACUGGGAAAUUUUAUCUUUUUUGUCAUGCUUCUUCUUUGAUUCCAAUUGUCUCUUUUCCUGGAAAACUUCAGUUUCCACAGCUCUAGUUUGUUCUAAUUCCUGGAUCAUUUCAAGUUAAGUCUUUCAGUUUUGAAGAAUAGCUUCUAAUUCUACCCUAAUUUUAGCAUUUCUUCAACUAAAGAGAUAAAGCUAUCUCCAUCAUCAGUUAGAGACUGUGAUGGUAUUCUGAGUAAGGAUAAGAAUGCUGGCCUGGUCGUGUUGACAGUAGUUUCUAGGAAGGGAUAAUGCCGUUUACUGAGCACAUGCGACAUGCCCAGCACAGGCUCCCUCCAUCUAAACUGCUACAUUCUGCAAAGCAAACAUUAUCCCCGUUUUAGAGAUCAGGAAAUUGAGGCUUAAAAAUGUCUAACUUGGCAAAGAUCAGUCAGUAAGUGGCUUAGCCAAGAUACAAACCCAAGUUGGUCCAACUCCCAAGUUUAUAGGAUUUCUACUAUAAUGCAUUUUCUCCACUACGAAUUGAUAUUUAAUUACCCAGGCUCAUAGUGCCUUCCACUAUAUCAACACAACCCGUCCACAUAGUAAUAGCCAACCAACAGAAAGAAGUCGGUCUUAGUUACAGCUAUUUAUUCACAGGAGGGAUUGAGGAGACUGAGCUGUGACUCACCCUUGUCAUCUCCUAACCUCCUUUCCUCCUUUAAAACCUUCAAUUACUCUUAGCCAAAAUUACUCCUGAAAACUGAUGCUUAUGCAUAAAGUUGCAUGAGAAAUAAGGUAGCCAUGGUUUCUGGAGUCAUUAUCUAUUCAAGCAUUUCCUUAUUAGACUACGUGUUCAGAAUUGAAUUGUAUCUUUUCUAAUUUUUCUGUAGUCACUGUAUCCAAAUAGGAAUUUAUUAACUGGAAAAAGCCACGUGUAUAACCAGCCAUUCUUCCUUGCUAGAUCUGAAGAGUCAACUGUUUUAAUAUGAAUGCAACCUAAUUAUUCACACUAAUUUAGGAGGGAGCGAAGUUGAGGGAGAAUCGUAUAGUAGAACAAGUGUAAGUUGAAUCAUUGGGAGCACUUAAAUUCUAGUCCUUGACCAUUUGAAUCUUGUUUGGUAGGAAAGCUCUCAGUCUAUUUGUGUGCCUCUCUAUCCAUGAAAUGAAAUAAUUUGUUGUGCAGAAGGAAGCAAUAGUUUCUUGAAAACUUAAAAAGAAAAUUCAAGUGAAAAUAAUUAUAUCCGAAAGUAAUUUCUAUGAGGCUGUGAAACAUAACUGAUUUCUUUUCUUUAUAGGUCAGCCUUUCCAAUUACAUUUUGCUCAUGUUAAAAUGAAAAAUGUUUGCAUUUCCUGUAUGUGCACCAAAAAAACUAACAGAAGAAAGUGGUUGGUAAAAGAUAUAGAAUGGGAUUUAAACACUCAUCUGUAAUGUAGGGAAAUCUAUAACAGGAAACAGGAAUUUACAGUACUUUUGAAAGUACUAAAACAGGAAAUCUUUUUACACCAAAUUAAAUCUUUCAUUUUAAAAAAAUACCUUGGUUUUUAAAGAUUUAAGGAGAGAGUCAAAUAUCCCCAGAGGGGUAGAUGGGUGAGGAGAAUGUGCAUUUUUAGGAUUCUUGUCUAACAUCUAAUUUUUCAAGAUUAUGGAGCGUUUUAACAUUUCUUUAAACUACUUGGAAUAAAUCUUAUAAAGGGAAACACCUACUGGCACCUAUUCUGCUUUACUCAAAUCUACCUUUAAGACUUAUGGGAAGAAUUAUAUGAUUAUCAUCUGUUUUUAGAGCAAAGAAAUACUUUCCCUAACUUUUUCUUGCACCUUCCAAUAUCACUCUUAGUAUAAUCCAUGAGAUUCUGAACACCUUAGCAAAUUUACUGAAGUUUAUAUCUUGGAAGUAGUUCACGGCAUUAGACACAGUCCUAACUUACAAAAUUUAUCUUUAAAAUUUUAUGCUACAGAACUUUAUUUUUCUACAGAAUUGUCUUUAAAAACAAUAAAAGUAUUUAAAAUUUUUCCCUAAAACAUUCUUCUUUUUAUUACAAUCCGUAGAUCUGUUUUGUUUGCAAGUGAAAAUGAUUACCGAUGAUUAGCAACUUGAGCCUGUUACAGGAAUUUGCAAAGCCUGAACAUAUACGCAUUGCCUUAGCCUAUCAGUAGAGUAGAGGAUAUAUAUUAAGUUUGUCUGUUUGUUGCUGUUAUUGGACAGAAUUUCAUGUCUAUGUAUGUGUGAUUUAAAAAAUUUUUUUUUCAAAGAUGUGAAUUAAAUGAAAGUGUGGGUGCCAGUUAUAUAAUUUCAUAUUAUGGGUGUUCUGGAUCCUUUCACUCUAUAUACCAUGUUCUUGUAAGGGCAGCAUUUGCAGACUUGCUAAUGGACUCUAGAGCUGAGCUAUUUUAAUUUUAUACUUGACUCAGGGGAUCAGCUCUGUGAACUCCAUUGCUUGAAGAAAGCUAAUGUUUGCCUUGAUUUUGAAUGUACCUUUUUAAUGUCUUCUUAAAACAUAUUUUGUUUAAUAAUGUGGGUUUGUUUUCUUUUUCUAGCAUCAUAGUAAAUAUUGCCUAGUAUUUUCCCCCUCCUCAGGGUAGUUUCUAUACUAUCCUACAGGUCAUGCCAAAAAUGAAUAAAAGUUUAAAUGCCAAAAUGUUUAUGAAACUGCUGUCUAAAUACUGAUUGA